CCUCCGUUACAGAGGCGCAAAGCGGCGAUACUCCAGCUCAACCGAGCCCAGCCCCCCACACGGCAAACCGGCCUGCCUCGGUGCAACAGGGGAGGUAAGCGCGGCUGCGCCCGGAGCUCCAGCACUUGCUACUGGCAUUUUCAUGCACGUCGGACUAAAAGAAAACUAACUGGGAAGUUUAUUUGGAUAAUUUUGAGAUGCUGCUAAUAUACCCCAAAGGCCGGCGUUUUCCAUAGGUUUUAUUAUAUCAGUAUUAGCUAACGGCAGCUAGGCACAAAGACGUGCAGUCAUCUACUAGCCGAUGUUGGCUAACUAACUAGCUUGAGGACAUCCUACUAUCAUACUCGGGUUAAUCUCUGCUGACUCGCUCUCUGUGCUGCGUUAGCUGUUUCGUUGUAGCCGUUUUAUCUGUACCACAAGUCAAGUGGCUGUGUGUGCUUUCUGCAGUCGCCACUCAUGAGUGCGACACUUGGAGCAGCGUUUCUGCGUAGCGGGCUUGUUUCGUGGUGCAUGUUUUCCAGCUAGCCGCGGCAGAGCUCGGGACUGAUUCUGGGGAUGUGGUGGCAGUAGAAAAACAAGCUAACGAUACUCUCGUCAGUACGAAGAAGUGAGACCAAGAAGUGAGGAAACACUUGAUCCGAGUGGGAGUUCUCGUUUUCUCUUUUUCGUUCAUUCUUUCUUUUUUCCUUGUUGUUUACGUUGGUCGUGAUCCCGGGCUGGAUGACGCUGACGCGGACCUGACAAUCACUGGACACGGCUGAACUGAAACGGGGAAUAUUGCUAACAGAUCGAAAGGAUUAUUUUGUGUCCCUUAAGUGGAUUUCGGCCUCUUGUUAAGGAUCUUCGUGUGAGCACAGCAAGUGUUUGACCCUCCAGCAAAAAUACCCUCUCUCCUAGAGCGACCUUUCCCCCCACAGCUUCACCCUCCGAUGCGGAGAUUGCAGUAGCACCGGCAACCAGACCCCCCCUCCCCUCCGGCGGCCGGACAUGCUGAAGUGUAUCCCCCUGUGGCGCUGCAACCGCCACGUCGAGUCGGUGGACAAGCGGCAUUGCAACUUGCAGACGGUUCCUGAUGAAAUAUUUCGAUACAGCCGCAGUUUGGAGGAGCUUCUCCUUGAUGCCAACCAACUCAAAGAGCUACCAAAGCCUUUCUUCAGACUACUGAACCUCCGGAAACUCGGCCUGAGCGACAAUGAGAUCCAGAGACUCCCGCCUGAGGUGGCUAACUUCAUGCAACUGGUGGAACUGGACAUCUCCAGGAACGAUAUUUCUGAGAUCCCAGAGAGCAUUAAGUUUUGCAAGGCCUUGGAGAUUGCAGACUUCAGUGGAAACCCCCUCUCCAGAUUGCCGGAUGGUUUCACUCAACUCCGAGCGCUCGCUCACCUGGCCCUCAAUGAUGUGUCAUUACAGACGUUGCCCAACGACAUUGGAAAUUUGGCCAACCUGGUGACGUUGGAGCUCAGGGAGAACCUGUUGAAGUCUCUGCCCACGUCGCUCUCUUUCCUGGUGAAACUGGAACAGCUGGACCUGGGCAGCAACGAACUGGAAGUUUUGCCGGAUACCCUCGGCGCUCUCCCCAACCUAAGGGAGCUGUGGCUGGACCGUAACCAAUUGUCCUCAUUACCACCAGAGCUGGGAAACCUUCGAAGGUUGGUGUGUCUGGAUGUGUCAGAGAAUCGUCUGGAGGAGCUCCCCUCAGAGCUGAAAGGCCUCCUGGCUCUCACAGACCUGCUGCUCACACAGAACCUGCUGGAGGUCGUCCCGGACAGCAUAGGGUCUCUGAAACAGCUGUCCAUCCUGAAGGUGGACCAGAACAGACUGACCCAUCUGACUGAUUCAAUAGGCGAGUGUGAAAACCUCACAGAACUUGUCCUGACGGAGAACCUGCUACAGUCGCUUCCUCGCUCGCUGGGCAAGCUGAAGAAGCUGACCAACCUGAAUGUAGACCGCAACCGGCUGGGCAGCGUGCCCAAAGAGCUGGGCGGCUGUGCCAGCCUCAACGUCCUCUCACUGAGAGACAAUCGCCUGGGCAAACUGCCUGCUGAGCUUGCAGAUGCCACGGAGCUGCAUGUGCUGGAUGUGGCUGGAAACAGAUUACAAAACUUGCCUUUCGCCCUGACAAACCUCAACCUGAAGGCCAUGUGGCUCGCAGAGAACCAGUCUCAGCCAAUGCUCAAGUUCCAGACGGAGGACGAUGAGCGAACAGGAGAGAAAGUGUUGACCUGCUAUUUGCUACCCCAGCAGCCUUCCCCAAGCCUAGAGAACCUGCUGCAGAACAGUGUAGAUGGUAGCUGGACAGACAGCAACCUGAACAGAGUGUCGGUCAUCCAGUUCCAGGAGGAGACCAAGGCUGAGGUGGAUGAGGAUGAUGAGGCUGCUGCAGAGCGUAGAGGCCUUCAGCGCAGAGCCACACCACAUCCCAGUGAGCUGAAGGAGAUGAAGAAAGGGAUUGAAGAGAGGAGGAAUGAAGCCUACACAUCCAGACAGGACGAGGAUCAGUCCCUGGACCCACAGGAAAAAAGGCUCAGUGACCUCUCCAAUCAGAGCCAUGACUCGCAGGUGUCUAACAGCACGCUGUCGGCCACCUCCCACGAGGACAGACAAAAUGUGACUGAGGCCUCUCACAUGGAGAACCGUGUGGACGGCCCUUCCCCUCAGGAUGAGGAUGACCUUGAUGAGAUGGAGGUGGAGUACAUUGAGCCCACUGUGCACUUUGCAGAAGAACCCAUCAUCCGAGGUGGGGACGAGGAGCACGAAGAGGAUGGCGAGGACGACGAGAGGAGUGACGAGGAAGACAAGAGGCCCAUGGAGAAACGUCUGAUAAGAAAGGACACACCACACUACAAGAAGCACUUCAAAAUCACCAAGCUGCCCAAACCCGAGGCUGUGGCCGCUCUGCUACAGGGCUUCAGUCCCGACGCCCUCAACUCUUCUACUCAGGCUGCCGAGGACGAGGAGGAUGAGGAGGAAGAGCAGAGUGAUGGCACUCCUCAGCACCGCCACAGAGUGGAGGAGGCAGAGGACAGCCGGCAUCAGGUCAACUCCAGCCAAGUAAAGGGGGUGUCAUUUGAUCAAGUCAAUAAUCUGCUGAUUGAACCUGCUCGAAUUGAGGAGGAAGAGCACACCCUCACCAUCGUGCGACAAACAGGCGGCCUGGGCAUCAGCAUUGCUGGUGGAAAAGGAUCAACGCCUUACAAAGGAGAUGACGAGGGAAUCUUCAUCUCCAGAGUGUCUGAAGACGGUCCUGCAGCCAGAGCUGGAGUUAAAGUGGGAGACAAACUGCUGGAGGUAAAUGGAGUGGACCUCCACGAAGCUGAGCAUCACACAGCAGUGGAAGCUCUCCGCAGCUCCGGUGCUACAGUCUCCAUGACGGUGCUGCGGGAGCGCAUGGUGGAACCAGAGAACGCCAUCACCACCACGCCGCUGAGGCCCGAGGACGACUACUUCCCACGGGAGAGGCGGAGCAGCGGCCUUGCCUUCAAUUUGGAGAACAGUCCAAGUGGGCCGAGGCAGCGGUUCUCCACCUGCCUCAUCCGUAAUGACAAGGGGCUGGGAUUCAGCAUUGCAGGGGGGAAAGGCUCCACGCCGUACCGCACAGGGGACACGGGAAUCUACAUCUCUCGAAUCGCAGAGGGCGGAGCGGCACACAAAGACAGCACGCUGCGUGUGGGCGACAGGGUGAUCUCUAUCAAUGGUGUAGACAUGACAGAGGCCAGGCAUGACCAGGCAGUAGCGCUCCUUACCGGCACCUCCCCCACCAUCGCCCUCCUGGUGGAGCGUGACUUGAAUGCACCAGGGGGCUCUCCAGGUCAGUCCCGGGCACGAGCCCACUCCCCUCCACCCCCAGAACCAUCAGAUUCUCCAGACCAGGACGAGGAAGGCCUCGGGAACCAUCUGAGCCGGAUGCAGGACGAGUAUCCCAUCGAGGAAGUUACCCUGGUGAAGUCUGGAGGCCCUCUAGGCCUGAGUAUUGUAGGAGGCAGCGACCAUGCCAGCCACCCUUUUGGCAUCAACGAACCUGGGGUGUUCAUCUCAAAGGUGAUUCCUCAUGGGUUGGCAAGUCAAUGUGGCCUCCGUGUUGGCGACCGGAUAUUAGAGGUGAACAGCAUUGACCUGCGACAUGCCACACACCAGGAAGCUGUGCGGGCCUUGCUGGCCAACAAGCAGGAGAUCCGUAUGUUGGUACGGCGGGACCCUUCACCGCCAGGAAUGCAGGAAAUCAUGAUCCAGAAGCAGCCUGGAGAGAAGCUUGGUAUCAGCAUUCGCGGAGGGGCCAAGGGUCAUGCUGGAAAUCCUUUCGACCCCACAGAUGAGGGCAUCUUCAUCUCAAAGGUGAGUUCGACCGGCGCAGCAGCAAGGGACGGCCGGCUGCAGGUUGGCAUGCGAAUUCUUGAGGUGAACAACCACAGCCUGCUGGGGAUGACGCACACGGAGGCGGUGCGAGUGCUCCGUGCUGUCGGGGACUCUCUGGUCAUGCUGGUUUGUGAUGGCUUUGACCCUCGCAAAGUGGCUGCAGUGGAGGCAUCUCCGGGUAUCAUUGCCAACCCAUUUGCAACCGGUAUUGUACGAAAGAACAGUAUGGAGAGCAUUUCUUCUAUAGACCGAGAUCUAAGCCCAGAGGAGAUGGAAAUAAUACAGAAGGAGUCUGAGAUGGUGAGAGAGACAUCACAGUGGGAGCGAGAAGAGAUGGAGAAAGUGGAGCGAAUGCGCUUGGAGCGUGAGGAGGCAACUCGCCUGCUAGAAGAGGAGACUGAGAACAUUGGCACUGGACCGCUAAAGCUCGACUACAAAACGCUAGCUGCGCUGCCCACCACGAGUCUGCAGAAGGUCAGCAGGGCGCCUUCCUCUGAUUUCACCAGGACGGAAAGCCCAAUCAGGGAAGCCCCUUACUCUCCUACUAUCCAACCGGCAAAUAUUCAUUACACCUCCACUCCCACUGUCAAGGACAACACCUCAUCAUCAACGCGACCAGGUGCCAUCCAGCCAGUGGGGCGUGUUCGGCCCAGCAACUCACCCGCCACGCCAGACGGCCACAGCCCCAACCCCUUUCAGCAUGGCCCCUCCCCCUUCAACUCCCAGACCUCUCCUCGCGCCCCCUCCCCCUCCUCGCCCGACGAGUUUCCCAUGAAUGUCAAGCAGGCAUACAAGGCGUUUGCCGCCGUGCCUCGCUCACUGGCAGUGCUGGAGCCGCCGCAGGACCUUUAUGGCACAAGGAACAACUUCCAACCAAAGCAACCUUCUCCAGAGCCUGAUUUGAACAACGAGGUGUUUGAUGACACCGAUGGUCGGGAGGGAGCUGGCGAGGGUCUGACCGGCAAGGUCUCCCCUCGGCAACCCCUCUUAUCAGACCGUCGUGAGUAUAUGAGCUUUGCAGCAGUGCCGCGCCGCUCCACGCCUUCCAUGGACCUGCAGAGCCCAUCAUUUGGUGGUAAGCACAGCCCAGAGCAGCGCUCUUUCAGGGACAGACAGAAGUACUUUGAGAUCGACGUGAAGCAGCAGACGCCAGAAAAACCCAAGCCUCGAGUCUCCCUCGUCGGGGAGGAUGACCUCAAGAAAAUGAGGGAGGAAGAAGAGAGGAAGUUUGAGCAGCGAGCGCGGGAGUACUUAAUGGAUGAUGACGACGAGGAUGAGGAUGAGGAGGACCUGGCUAAGCAGGUGGCACAGAUGAAGGCCACCGGAAAGGUGUUGCUGGAUGGAGUGGAGUACAAAGUGGAGCCGGUGUCCACCCCAUCGCAGCACUGCUCCACACCACCAAACUACAGCUCAGGGCCUUCCUCAGUAGAUGGCAAGGGAGACUCUCAGAGGAAUUCAUUGGAGGACAGCUUCAGGCUGGAGCAGAGGCCCAACUCAAUGACUGGUCUCAUCCCAGCUUACCCCGGGGAGUCAGCAGCUCCCAUCCGAACAGCCAAAGCAGAGCGCAGACACCAAGAGAGACUUCGUAUGCAGAGCCCCGAGCUGGCCGUGGCACCUGACAAGGACCUGUCCCCUGCAGAGAAACGAGCCCUGGAAGCCGAGAAGAGAGCAAUGUGGAGGGCAGCACGGCCCUAUGGCCUAGAGGAGGAUGUUAGGCAGUAUGAGCAGGACCUGGCUAAGAGGCUCUACCAGGCCCGAGUGAGGGCAUCUCAGGGCACGGCCGCGGCACCCCAGCCCCCCACUUCCUCCUCUACCUCCUCCUCUGCAGCCUCCCAGCUCAGAAUGAAGUCUCUGGAGCAGGAUGCACUGAAGGCUCAGAUGGUCAUCGCCAAGUCUCGGGACGGGAAGAAACGUGGGACACUAGAUCAACUGACAGAGUCACCCUCGCCUGCACCAACGCCCUCUCCCACUCCUAUGGAGGAGCUCAGUCCUCGAGGAUUAACCUCGCCAGGCAGGCUGUCCGUGUCAACAAAGAAGUUUGACUACCGACAGUUUGCUGCCAUUCCUUCUUCCAAACCCGUAUACGACAUCCAGUCCCCGGACACAACUGACACAGAGUUAAAGUUCAUGGAUGACGGCUCCAGUAACCCAGGAACCGCCGCGAGCCCCGACGUCACCCCGCUGCCUGCCACCUCCGCCCUGGAGGAGAUGGCUCUGUACAGCAACAAGCGCAAACUGAGGCAGGGCCGCCGCAGCCUGGAAACCGCUGUGCCCACAUAACACCUCACCAACUGAAGAAAAACCCUGCAGACGUCACGCUAACAUACACAACUUUACAAACACUGUGGAGCACUGGCCUCAGAGGGGCGUGUGUCCACAGGAGGUGCAGAUUCACCAAACACUACACAUGCUGUCAGUAGAGCGAGAUUUACUCUGCCGUAUGUAACCACUGCAAAGUCUACGACGCUGAUAGUCGCCACACAGACACUUAGAACCCGCGUGCCAGUCUUGCCUUUCCAGUCUGAGGGCCAGUUGCUCAACGGCCCCUCAGCGGCAAGAAAGCACUAGCGUUGUUAGCUAGGGUUGCUACUUAUUUUUUUAUUUCUCUCCAUUUAGCAUUCAGUUUGCCUCGUAGAAUCAGAUCUAUUUUAACUAGAGAUCAAAGCUUUUAGGUUUUUUUAAAAAAUUUGAAUUAUAAUUUCUAAGCCUUCAGUGAUUUUUGAUGCUUUUAAACAAAACAUACUGGAAGACAAACGCAGAAAAGAAAUGGGUCAUAGCUAUACUAACGUUUUCUUCAGCCGACAGGAGUGUGUAUGUGUAUAUAUAUAUACAUACACAUAUAUAUAUAUUAAACGAGUAGGGAACAUCCUGCUACCUUCACUGUCACAAAAUGUGGUGAGCUUUUUUUUUUUUUUUUUUAAAGAGUACAUAUCAUUUUUGCACUGCCACUGAUCCGCUUUUUAAAGAACUUAUUCCUUCACCCUAUCCCGGCCUGGAGGCCAGCUGAUAAUGCGACUCGCCAUCUGUUAAUGAGUCACAAAAUCACAGCUUUCAGCCGAUUAUUUGCAUAUCACUUCAUUUUAUCUUCGCUUUUAACUCAUCAGUUUUGUCUGAGACAGCCAUAUUUACAAAUUCAAUUGCCUCAGUUGUUUCAUAUCCGCUUCACGGGGCCUUUAGCAACGUCGCAUUCCUCUGUAGAGAGUAUAACUGACUACAGUGGAGGAAGCAGCAUGGAGCAGGCAGUUUGGGAGCAUGCAUUUUGGCAUCAUUUUAAUAUUAAUGGUACUUAACCUGCCCUGUUAAGGGUAAUAGUUGUUUUUUUUAGUCAAUGUGAAUCACCACUUUCCUUGCAUUAUGAGGAGGUUUGCCACAGUGAUGUGAAGGUAGCAGGUGUGUGUUUUUGUUGUUUUUAUUUUUUUGUUGUUUGUUUUUUUUCUGUCUAUGGUUAAUUUAAAUCUGACGCCACUGAAAAUCAUUUAUUAUCGUGUGAAUAAUGUACAAAUACUGAAAGGAAAAGCAAAAUUUGGGGUGUGAAACUGAGCCAGUCUUGGACCUAGACUAAACACGUGGACUGCUGAUGCAUCUAGGUUCAGGCAGGCUUGGCGCUGGGAUGCUCUCUGCAUGUAUAUUGGUUUGCUAAUGGGAGAGCCCUGAGAGGCAGAACCAGUUAGGAAAUCCCUCUCAAGACAUUGAUCUCACUCAGACUCUUCAGCUUACAGCUCGACACAGUGUCAGUGACGGGUAUUUCUGCAGAAUCACAGCAUCGUAGCAUUUUGUGUUAAUUUAAUGUAGUGUCUUCUAAUUAAAGCUUUCCAUGUUGUUCUCACUGACUGAAAUUCAGUUUGAUAACAUUCGCAACAGCUAAUAUCUUUUUUUUAAAAAUCUUUUAGUAGAUAAAUCUUUUUUUCCAGAUGGGGUUCACUACAUUUUUGAUGCAGUGUUUCAAGUUUCUGUGUUUAAUUCUUUUUGUCUUGAGUUCUCUUCGGGGGCUUUUACUUGCCAAUAGGCUGGAGGGGAAAAGGGUCACAUGUCCUAGGGUUGAGGGUUAUAGCUCAUACAAGACUGUAACUAGUGAAUUUGUACAACCAAAGAAGUCUAUUUUGUGGUUCAGGAAUAAUAAAUUUUACUUUCCAUGUAAAAAGC